AUGGUAAAUUAUGGUAAACCUAGUAAAGGUUGCGGAACCUGUCGCUCGCGCAAGAUCAAAUGCGACCAAACCCGACCGUCCUGCGGGGAAUGCACUCGAAGGAACCGAGAAUGUCCUGGGUAUCGCGAUGAGCUAUCGCUGAUGUUCCGCGAUGAAACCGAAACCGUCGUGCGCAAGGCGCGUUCCUCUCAGUCUUCUUCUACGGCUUCUACCCCGUCGUCUUCUUUUAGACACCGAAUGCCGCCCCGAUCGUCUCGUUCUUCUUACCUAGGACAAAGUUCUGCAUCCUCUGUUACCACAAACUCAUCCACGGGCUUGGAAGACUUAGCCUUCGAUUUUAGUUCCGAUCUUAGGCACGAAUCUUGGAUGCGCCAGGCCAUUCAGAGUCCUGCGAAGACACAUCCCAAUACGAGAGUUUCGAAGCAAGAGGCUCUUUGCUUCUUCCUCCAGUCGCACGCCAUUCCCGGAAAUGGCUUGAUAACGGACAUUCUGACCAAGUUUCUCAUGGAGCCCAGUGGCUCACUAGGCCAGCAGGCUAUACAAUCUAGCAUCGUGGCGGUUGCAAGCGCCAUGCUCUCGCGUGUUCGACGAGUCGCGUCGCUGAGCCAAGUUGCACAUCAGGAGUAUGGAUCUGCACUCAAGCUAGUUAAUCGGGCGCUUGCUGAUGCCGACGAAGCUAAGACGAAUCAGACGCUCGGCGCGGUUGUUCUUCUAGCUUUAUAUGAAAUUGUCGUAUCAAGGGCCCCGCAGGGCAUCGAGGGGUGGACGAAUCAUAUUUGUGGAGCGGCAGCUCUACUACAGCACCGGGGAGCUACCCAAUUGCAAAGCGAAGUAGGAAUCCGGCUUUUUAUACAUUUACGGUAUCAGAUCAUCAUAAGUUGUCUCCAGCGCGAUGUGCUUGUGCCCAGCUCUCUGCUUGAAUUUACAAAGCUCGACAUGAUUCCUCAGAUAAAAAAUGCCGUUGGCACUAAAAUCAUCUUAAUCAUCGGCCAUCUCUCGAAUCUACGUGCAAAUAUUCACACACAAACAUUGACCGAUCCCCAAGAGAUCCUCGGUGCGGCCUGUGCCAUCGAAGCAGACCUUCUCGCCUGGCUGGCUGCUCUGCCACCAGAUUUCACAUACAGUAGCCAUACACUCAUGCCGCUGGAUCGUUCUUUCGAACGCAACUGCCACGGAAUUCGACCCUACAACAAUGAAUACCACAUCUACCCAGGGAUCUGGGCAGCAAAUUGCUGGAACCACUACCGUUGCGCACGCAUUCUUGUUAGUGAGCUUAUAUUAUCACAAGUCCACAAGCUAUCCAGCAGCUCGCCUACAUCUUUGUCCGAUGAUUUACGCUUAUACAGCAAGUCUCUGCGUUCUACCAUCCGUCGUCUGGGCACCGAUAUCUGCCGCAGUUCCCCAUUCCAUCUGGGUGCCUGUAACUCGGAAGUGCUUCCAGAAUCGCCUAUAGUUCCACCAGAGAGCUACCUGGGCGGUCUCAUGAUGCUAUGGCCCCUAUUUAUUGCCGGCAUGGUCGAGGGGCCAACUCAUCCACAGCGCCGAUGGGUGGUACAGUGUCUUCAUACGAUAGGACAUACGUGGGGGCUAGCGCAAACACUAGCAGUGAUGGAUAUUCUCAUUGUGGACCCGGGAAUGUUCCAUUCUGCAGAAAUAUAUGGCGAUGCCGCUGAUAUGGCGGCUGGAGUUUCGAAGGUUCUUCCAUUUUCCGUCUUCCAUGUACCAUAUUAUAAUCUUCCUGCUUUGAAGGAAUAUCGAGAGCUUCGAGCAUCUUCGACGUGA